CCUUUGUCUGCACGGGGCCUUCCUAGCUCUCCUCAUUUGCAGCUCAUUGAAGGCAGCCACGCUUUGCAGCUCGCAGUAGUAGCUUAGCAGCAUCUUCUUCUCCUCUGCCCGAAAUAGUUGUGUUUUACCCCAGGAUCAUCGUGAGUUUGAAAGCGUCUUUCAUACAGGAGACUUACUCAGGGACCGGAAGAGUCCAAAUCAGGAGUGCCGGCCCGACUCUGAUGUUAGGAGCCAUCUGCACCCUUGUUACUUCUGAAACAUCCGAGGUCGGUGAAACGUAGUGAGUGAGGGAGAUCAGCGUCGGCCGCAGCUUGAAGGACGCUCGUCCCGCCGCAGCCAGCCGCGGGCUCGUCCCUGCUACCCACGGCGCCCGUCGCCGCUUUCGGUUUCGCUUCUGCCGGCUCCGGGAGCCUUAUUUCCUCGCGGUCUUGAGCUGAGAGUCUUGCGCAGCCCCCUGAUGCCUCCAAACUGAAGGUGCUAUGACCUGCCGCGAUAAAACAAUGGGAAUUGCUGUUCUUUGGUGGAGCAGCUUAUCUGUGAAACUGGUGUCUGUCUGCUUGCUGUGUGCAUCAGCUGGAAAGCAAUGUCAGAUCAAAAAUGAAAUGGCUGACUGCAGUCACCUAAAGCUGACUCAGAUUCCUUCUGAUCUCCCAAACAAUAUAACGGGUUUGGAUAUUUCUCAUAAUCAGCUAAGACAGCUAGGUCCUGCAAAUCUGACCAAGUACAGUCAGCUGCUUUAUUUGAAUGCAGGCUACAACACCAUCUCUAAACUGCAACCAGAACUGUGCCAGAAUGUGCCCCUUUUGCAGGUUCUGAAAUUAGAACACAAUCAGUUGUAUAAACUCCCAGAUAGAGUCUUUGCCUCCUGCACCAACCUGACUGAGCUCAAUCUAGGAUACAACAGAAUAGAUAUAAAAAAUGAUCCUUUCAAAACUCUGGAGAACUUGAAUAUUUUGGACCUAUCUCAUAAUGAUUUGAAAUCAGCAAAUUUAGGAUUGCAGCAACAGUUGAACAACCUUCGUGAGCUCAUAUUGGAAAAAAAUCAAAUCACUGAGUUAAAAAAGGAAGACUUCAGUUUUCUUCACAAUACCUCACUGAAUAAUCUUCAUUUGUCAUCAAAUCCACUGAAAGAGUUUCACACAGGCUGUUUACAUGAGAUCGGGAAUCUCUUUGGCCUCAUAUUGAACAAUGUUGAACUUGGUGAGAAUCGCACAAGGGAACUUUGUACAGAAUUAUCAAACACAGCCAUUCAGCAGCUCUCUCUAAGCCAUGUGAGGCUUUCAUUCAUUGGCAAUUCAACUUUCCAGGGACUGCACAGAACAAAUCUUACGGUUUUAAACCUUUCCCAGAAUACUCUGUCUGUGAUAGAAGAUGACUCAUUUCAAUGGCUUUCAAGUCUGCAAUACUUAAACCUGAAGGACAAUAACAUUCAUUUGUCUUCACGUUUAUUUUAUGGAUUAUCCAACCUCAGACAUCUGAAUCUGAUAAAUGCAGUUACUGGGAAAAUUGAAGAUUAUUCUUUUCAUUGGUUACCCAACCUGGAGUACCUUACAAUGGAUAAUAACAAUUUUCCAGGAAUUACUGCUAAUAUGUUCACAGGUCUGAACAACCUGAAACACCUAAGUCUCUGCAACUGCAACAUAAACUUACAAAAAAUAACUAACAAAACAUUUUCAUCACUUGCCAAUUCCAGUUUACAGGUUCUCAACCUCACUAAAACAAGAAUCUCUACAAUAGAAAAUGGGGCAUUUUCCUCCUUAGGACACCUGAAAAUUCUUGAUCUUGGUCUCAAUGAAAUUAGUCAAGAGCUCAAAGGUCCUGAGUUUAAAGGUCUCAAUAAUAUACAAGUUAUUUAUCUUUCCUAUAAUAAAAAUGUGACCUUAAGAAGUCAAUCAUUCAUUUUCAUCCCAAGUCUUAGAAAACUGAUGCUGAGGAAAGUGGGUUGUAGUAAUCUGGCACUUUCUCCUUCACCUUUUCAUCCUCUGCAAAAUCUUACUGUCCUGGACAUCAGCAAUAACAACAUAGCAAACAUAAAAGAAGACUUGUUUGAGGGACUUCAUCAACUCGACAUUUUGGACUUGCAACACAAUAAUUUAGCCCGACUUUGGAAACAUGCAAAUCCAGGUGGCCCUGUUCUGUUUUUAAAACAUCUUCCCAACUUGCAUAUCCUUGACUUAAAAUCAAAUGGCCUUGAUGAGAUUCCAGUUCAGGCUUUUAAGGGUCUGUUUCAAUUAAAACACCUGGAUUUAGGAUCAAAUAAUUUGAAUUUGCUUCCAGCAACUCUGUUUGAUGACCAAACCUCUUUGAAUUCAUUGAACCUUCAGAAAAAUCUGAUAACCUCAGUGGAAGAAAAAGUGUUUGGCCCACCUUUUAAGAAUUUGAAAAUGCUAGAGAUAGAUUCCAACCCAUUUGAUUGCACCUGUGAAAGCAUUGCUUGGUUUGCUGAUUGGCUUAAUGCGACCCAAACAUAUGUACCUGGCUUGCAGUCCCAGUAUAUCUGCAACACCCCACCUAAAUAUCGUGGUAGUUUGGUGUCACAUUUUGAUAGCUCAGCCUGCAAAGACAGUGCUCCAUUUAGACUUCUGUUUAUCAUCACUACCACUACUGUGUUGCUGCUCAUUUUUGUAGUUCUUAGUAUCCAUUUUGAAGGGUGGAGAAUAGCUUUCUACUGGAAUAUUUCAGUAAAUCGAAUACUUGGAUUUAAAGAACUUGACAGACAACAGGAAGAGUUUGAUUAUGAUGCCUACAUUAUUCAUGCAACACAGGACAAGGAUUGGGUGUCUAAGAAUUUAGUGUCUCUAGAAAAAAACAAGCACUUUCCAAUUAGAUUUUGUUCAGAAGAACGGGACUUUGAAGCAGGCAUAUCUGAAUUUGAAGCUACAACUGACAGUAUAAAAAGGAGCAGGAAGAUUAUUUUUGUUGUUACUGAACACCUCUUGCAGGAUCCCUGGUGCAAAAAUUUUAAGGUGUAUCUUGCUCGUCAGCAAGCUAUCGAACAAAGUCGGGACUCCAUCAUAUUAAUCUUUCUUCAUGAUAUCCAGGAUUACAAAUUGUACCAUGCACUUCACCUGAGAAGAGGGAUGUUCAGGUCUUGCUGCAUCUUGAACUGGCCAGCCCAGAAAGAACGAGUCAGUGCAUUUCGUCAGCAAUUAGUGAUGGCACUGAAAUCUCAUAGUAAAGUGCGAUAAGUUUGGAAUCAUGGGGUUAUUUUGUUAACUAUUUUAUACUGCUGGAAAACUAAUAAGCCUUCAGAAAGACUUGAAAAAGUUUGUCAUGUUGGAAAGAUAUGCAAGAGUCACUGUAAUUUAAAAUUAGUUUUCGCUCUAUGUUUUUAGUGGUAUUUUAAUUCAUGUGCACUAAAGUAACAUGUUGAAAUAGAUCAUGACUGACAUUUCAAUCUACGUAGCAAGACAUUGGUAGAAAUUCUGAGAAGCAAUGAGAAUAAGUGAUAUUCUAGGAAAAAUGUCUGUCUGACGCAGUGUAGAGACAGAGUCUACUUUAAAAGGAUAUGCAAAAGAAAAAGCCUUAGUAAUAAAAUAGCAAAUUCUAUGUAGAAGGUAGAGUGGAUAUUACUGUUUGCUUUCAUUACACAAGGAGAGAUUCAGUGAAAUUAAAAUUGGAAAGCUUUCCAUAUGAAGCAUAGUAAGUAACACAGGAAAUUAUAUUUCUGUAGUUGAAAUCAAGAAACAUAGCAGUGGUUCAAAGUGAGUUCUAAAACCUUUUUUAUAAGAGAAAGCUAUAUAGAGAAAUUUGACCCUGUAAGCAGAUUGUUCAGAACAUGCAUUGAAGGAUUGGUUAUGCCUUCUGGGUGGGGCCAGUACUGGUGGCUAUCAAACUCAGACUUUGAUGAGUAAGUCAACUCAUGUAAUCAGUUAAACCAAUUGUUUACUCUUUCCUGAUGCAAUUCAGAGAGCCAGCAGAAGAAUACUGAUAUUGAGAUAUGUCACUUUAGUUCUCUAAAUGUGUGUAGAAUUCUGUUCAAGUCUUUAAAUAUAAUCUGACAUCAUGGCCAAGGCACAGCUGGUGCACCUGAAUAAAGUGAGUACAUGCAUAGAUCUUUUUGUAGUAUAGUCAGAAGACACCUUUGUGGAUGACGUGGUGCUACUGUAAUUACAUUACUGAAAACUUUUACUGGUGGAACAACAACAAAAAUAACCUGCCAAAAGAAACAAUGUUCCUGUGAUAACAGUUGCAGGUAGAGUAGGAGGAGAAAAAAAAAGAUUAAUUUCAGGUUUUUUGUCCUUUUUCUUUAUGACUGCAUAUAGUUUUGGUAGAUAAAAAUAUAAUUGUAAAGAAAUCAGA